CGGGGAACCUUCCUGUUCCCAGCAGCCCCCAGAGCCGAGAGUGGGGCUUUAGUGGAGUCGCUGCGGUGGCUGGAUCUUCCCGUGGUGCUGAGGCGCCCCGGGGACGUGACUGGGGGUUCCUUCAUCCCGGGCAAAUACAUUCUGACUUGAAAAUUUCUCAUAUUGAAAUGGAGCAUGAAGAUCCCGGCAUUGCAGAGAUCCGUGGCUCAGAUAAAAGUGGGACCAUAAGGAGAAUCUACAUAGCGGACAGAGGUAUGGUGCGCAAGAGUGAAGAUGAUUUGAAGCAUGAGGCCAUCCAGUCCACAGUACAGAACAGACAACCCACCUGGAGGGCAAGUUCACAGCAGGAAGUCUCUCCCAUAGAACGGCAGGGGAAUCUGUUAGUCCCUGGUAACUACAGUGAGGGUAACAUGGAUGUAGCAACCAAUGUUGUCUCCCGGUCCAGCAAGCAGCGCCCCUUUAUUUGCAAUGAGUGUGGCAAGAGUUUCAGCCACUGGUCGAAACUGCUACGGCAUCAGCGCACGCACACCGGUGAGCGUCCCAGCACUUGCGCUGACUGUGGCAAGAGCUUCUCUCAGAACUCACACCUGGUGCAGCAUCGGCGCACCCACACAGGUGAGAAACCUUACGUCUGCCGUGACUGUGGCAAGAGCUUCAGCUGGAGUUCCAACCUGAUCCAGCACCAGCGCAUCCACACAGGAGAGCGCCCUUACACAUGUGGGGACUGUGGUCGCAGCUUCACACAAAGCAAGAACCUGGCCAAGCACCGGCGAACACAUACAGGGGCCCGGCCGUUCUGUUGCCCCGAAUGUGGCCGAGGCUUUGCACAUAGUGCUGGCCUGAUCAAGCACCAGCGUUUGCGCCAUGACACAGACUCUCCCAUUGGCCACCCGUGUCCAGAAUGUGGACAACGCUUCCGUGCUCCUUCAGAAGUGGAACGUCACCGCAUUGCCCAUCAUGGGGCCACCCCAUCAGAGCCCUUCAUCUGUGUGGAAUGUGGAGAAUGUUUCACCAAGAGUACAACCCUUAUCCGCCACAAGCAAGUGCACAAACCAAUAUUUGUGCGUUGAGGGUUUCUCUCCCUGGUGGGAUCUGAAUUCUAAGUGAUGUCCAGGUUAGUAGCCUGAAGCCUGAGGAUAGUUUUGGUCCAGUGACUCCGCAUCCUGGAUCUCGCUUGCUCAGAUCAAAGGCCCUGAAUGAGCCAGUGUAUCAAACUAGAGAGCAGCAAGAAUAGGAGGAGGCAGGAAAUUCAGCUUGGAGCUCAGGAUUCUGGUCAUUUGAUGGAAGAAAAACUGUUGUGUCCAGAUCUGGAUCUGCCUCGUGAGGCUGGAUCAAAGAAUAGUUCUCACCAUCUGAGAACCAGAAGGCUGUUACUGUAAAUAAAGUUUUUAGUUAGAAGCUAUAAGAAUUUUUGAGAAGGCGGGAGAUCUGGUUUUCAGUCAAACUAAGAUUUAUUGGGACUUCAAAGGGAAAAAAUGGAUAAGGAAGUACCUUUGAGUUAUUUUUCUUUGGAAAGGUAUGGAUGUGAAGUGGGAAAAAAGUGAGGGCACUGAAGAGUGGAGGAAUAAGAGGAUUGAAACCCAGUUUGUGCAAUAAAGUGUUUUGUAUCCCCUAAUCUUAGUUGCUUUCACUUUUACUUUGUUUUCUUAUGAUUGUCUUUUCAGUAGAAAACUAGGCAAAGGGUGUCAGAAAUGGAAUAUGGACCAAAUAGAUCUUGAAUAUACAAUAUAUCUUCAUUGCUGAAAAGGUGGCGGAACACAGCAAAAGAAUAGAUUAUGAUUGUGGGAGCUAUUAUAUUAAGUAGAUGUAUUAAACAGACAUGAACUACAAAAUAUUUGGGCUUUUUAAAGAGUGGGGUUUUUGAUGCCACAUAUUAUAGUUGGAUGGUGAUGAGCUCUCUACAUUUUCUCAAUACUUUCCCAAUUUCAAAUGACAACCUAAAGCUUAAUAUGCCUUUGUGUUUUUGUUUCCCUUAGGAAAUCAUGUCUCUAGAGUUUGACAGUUUGCUAUUGAGCAAAAGAUUCAGUCUAAAUGUCAAAAAUUAGUGAGAGGAAAUAACUAGUUAACCUGAGCAAUUGCAAUAAUAUAUAUUUAAGCUUUGAUGGAAAUUAUCAGCAUUAUUAAAUCAAAGGUUCAUAUCUAUAGAUGUGUUUAUAAAGUUAAGAUAGAGGUAUAUGUUUAGAAUGGAUGUUCUAAGGAAAAAGCAACCAUUUCCCCUGUUUAUCACCCUUGAAACAUUUUUUUUGCAGACUUGAGAACCCAUGUUGCUCAAAUUCAGAGGAAAAUUGCAAAAUAGAGCUAUGAUUUCCCUUUUGAAAUAAUGAAAUAUCAAAACUGGUGGCUCUUAAAAAAACAGUGUCCAAAACCUGGUGUUCAAACCCCAGGAUCCCACUUGGAAAGCAUCCACCAAAGUGAAAAUAGCCCAUCCUGAGCUCAAACUGUAUUCUAAAUAUUUUGCGUACUUGUAGCGAAACCCCAUGUCAGGAUUUAAGAGGCAGUAGAGUGCCUCAGAUAGUAGAGUUCCGGACAAAAGUAGAACACUUUUUUAAAAAAGGCAGGGUGAAAUAGUCUGGUAGUUAAGACAAGAUAACCAGGGAAAGAGAUAUAGUUUAAUUCUGAGGAAGGAAAUACUUUCAGAUUGGCUCAUUCCAGCUAAUACAGGUUUGUCUAAGUGGCUGGCACUAUUGCCUGUUUCCAUUUGUCUUGUAAGUUCUAGUCCUGACUUAGGCAUGAAAGCCAGCUGAAUGACUUUGGGCCACUCACUCACAGCCCAUCCUACCAUACAGGGUUGUUGUUCUACGGAAAAUAGGAGGAAGGGGUGUUAUGUAUGUACGUAUGCCUUGAAUUAUUUAUAAAGUAAUAAAAGUAAAAUAGAAAAAAAUAUUCAUAAAUAAAAUGAGACGAAGAAACAAUAACUCAAAAAGAACUGGGGAAUAUUAGCAAAAACUAUUGUGAGAUGUACAAAUGACAGCAGGUUCUUCAGCUCAUGGAGUUGUUGAUGCACUUAUUUUCUGCUUGUGGGGUUUUUAAUAAACAUCCAUCACACCUCUCUGGAAUAGAAUACUGGCCUGGAUUGGCCUUUCAGGAAUUAAAACUAUCUUUAUUCCCAUUUUAAAAGUGGCCAAUCGAAAAAUUCCGAGAGAGCUUAUAAGUGUGGCAUGGUGUUCCAUUUUUGACAAGCAUCUGCUAGUUGAGGUAUUCUGUCUUUUGAGUAUGGGAUAAUAAUUCUAAAAACAGAAGCAGACUAGCUUGGACUACCGGUGGCGAUGACCUAUCUCAUCCAGAAACAGAAUGUUUGUUGUGAGAAAUUAACUCUUAACAACCUGAUAGCAUUAAAAUCUUAUUAGAUCUGAAAAAGGAAAGGGUCUUCUUUGGCAGCAGAAUUUGUAAACCCAUGAAAGAAUCAUUCAGAUAGUAAGAGGAAACUAAAAAAAAUGCAUAUUUGUAAAAUUGCAAUGUUUGUCUUGGUUUUAACAUACUCUUAAAUAUUUGGAAAAUCACAUUAGAAUGUCAUUAAAAAAAUCUAAAAACAAUUUAGGAAUUAUGGUAAUACAGUACUUCAGAAAAAGGAUAGUUUGAAAUUCUUUUGCAUCUGAUUUACAUGUGCAGAAAUACUUGAAAAUAUAAAUCAUUACAGGUAGUCCUUGACAUACGACCACAAUGGAAGACCUUCCAUUACAAUUGUAAGUCUGUCAUAAAAUAGGCCACCCAUGUGAUUGAUCUGAUUUUAUGAUCUUUUUUGCAGCAUUCAUUAAGCGAAUGGUUUGCUAUGAGUCAGUUUUGCUAAAACUGGAAGUAAAUGCUGUGUUUUGGCAAAGCUAUUGUAAACAGUCAUGUUUUAUGUAUAUUAAAAUUUAAAUAAUAUAUACUGUAUAUUUUAUAUAGAUUAUGUCAUAGAGCCAGUUUGGCCUAGUGGUUAAGGCAUCAGACUAGAAACCAUGAAUUCUAGACCAGCCUUAAGCAUGAAAGCCAGCUGAAUGACUUUGGGUCAGUCCAUCUUCUCUCAGUUCAACCUACCUCACAGGGUUGUUGUGCAGAAAAGAGGAGGAGGUGUGCUGGAUGUGUUUACUGCUUUGAGUUAUGUGUAAAAAUAAAAAUAAAGGCAGGAUACAAAAUAAAUAUUUGCAGGACACUGCAAAUGGCUGAGUUGCAUGAUAUACAGUCAUCUGAUCACUGGGAGGGCUCAGCCAUCAGACCUUUGGAACUAAAUUACCCCCAGGGAGGUCCUACAUAAUUCUGAACACUCACUAAGCGACCAGUCCUAUGUAAGUAGUGUACCUUUUAUCAUGAAAAUUAAGUGGAAGCAAUAGAGAAAUCAUACACACUUCACGCUACAUUGUUCACUUAAAGUUUGCUUAACUAUGUUUCCACUAUACUGGCCAGUUCAAUCCUGCUGAGGAUCCUAGUGUUAAGGACUACUUGGCCCUGGCACCUAGAUCUAGGCUCCUUUAUAUUAUCUCAAGUAUGUGUGCACAUGUAAGUACAGCAAAAUCUCAUUUUACUACACCUCAGUAUGAUAGGCAUCUAAUUAUAACAUGGUCCGAAUUUCUGCUGUGCUUCACUCUAUUCAUGCAAAUGACUGUACUAGUAUAUAAAACCAUUUGCUACCUUGUAUUCUACAAACAUCUGUUUCCUCAAAAGCAAACUCAUGUGUUCCCCACUCUAGUGGUUCUCAACCUUGUCUUCACCAUAGACCUUUAAAUACCUUUUGUGGCUACAGACCACCAAGACUUAAGAUUUAAAUCAACAUUUUUUCAAGCCUUUGUGGACCCUCUGUGAUAACAUCACAGCCCCCCAGGGGUCUGCAGACCACAGGUUGAUAACCACUGCCCCACUCAUCUCUCUAGUCCUUCAUCAUGGAAGGAUACUUGUCCCUUUUUUCUUGACAGGUGAAAUGCUUCUAAACAAUGCUGCGAUCUGCAGGUCUCGCUUAAUUAUUUUCCAAGAGUACCUUCAGGAUACACACCAAAUACAGAAGUAUUCUUCAAACUACAAUUUGUAACUCAAAUUAAUUACAUCCCUUUUUAAAAAUCAAAAGAACCUUAACAAAAUAAAAUCAGGUGGGCCAUGGAGCUUUCUGGGCAGCAAUGCAUUAGUCAAUAUGCAAUUACUACUUGCUUUGUUCUAUUUAUUUUGUACAAUUCCAUUUACAAGCACUGCAUUUCACUGGGCAUCUUAUGAAAGAUGGCAUCCAGGUGCCAUAACUAGCAAAACAACAUCUGAAAACUCAACUGAGUUGAGCAGAUGAGGUUCUCAAGAUAUUAUCAUUCCCAAAAACAGAAACACCCCCACAUUCAUUUU